CCUCCAAUCCCCCUCUCCCCGCCCGGCCCAGUUCUCCCGCAGAGCCAAGUUUGGGAAGGCCUCAGCCCAGCCUGGGCGGGCCCAAUCCAGUCUGCGAGGCUCAGCCCAGCUUCCCAGCCACCCAGCCUGGCCCCUGGAGUCGGUGGGAUCUCGGCUUCUGGGGAUUAUCCGUUUCUGCUUCCGCCACUCCCGCCCACCUGCAACGCAGCUUCGGCGCCCAGGCUCUGCGGAGAGUCGGUCCGUAGUUAUGUCUGUGGUGAAGGCUGCAGAAGGGCACAACCAAACGGAGGAUAGCCCUGGAAGCGGGCCCCGCCCCUCUGGAACGCUGUAAGCAAGUCAGGUGACUGCCGCCGUAGUCGCCUCUGGAGGCAGAAGCGGGCGGAAGGGCUUCCAAAGCCCAACAUACAAAGCUGGUAAAAGCAGAGCAGAUCUGGUCAGGUCCUGAGACGCUGAGUCCAGAGCAAUGUUGCUGAAGACAGUGCUCUUGCUGGCCUUGGUGGCCCAGGUGCUGAUGCUGGACAAUGGGCUCCUGCGGACGCCACCCAUGGGCUGGCUGGCCUGGGAACGCUUCCGCUGCAACAUUGACUGUAACGAGGACCCAAAGAACUGCAUCAGUGAGUGGCUCUUCAUGGAGAUGGCUGACCGGCUGGCACAGGAUGGAUGGCGGGACCUGGGCUACGUGUACCUUAACAUCGAUGACUGCUGGAUUGGUGGACGUGAUGCCAAAGGCAACCUAGUGCCUGAUCCCAAGCGCUUCCCCAACGGCAUUGCCUUCCUGGCUGACUAUGUUCACUCCCUGGGCCUGAAGCUGGGCAUCUACGAGGACAUGGGCAGCUUCACCUGCAUGGGUUACCCAGGCACCACACUAGACAAGGUGAUCCAGGAUGCUCAAACCUUCGCUGAGUGGAAGGUGGACAUGCUGAAGCUGGAUGGCUGCUUCUCGACCCCUGAGGAACGGGCCAAGGGGUACCCCAAGAUGGCUGCUGCCCUGAAUGCCACAGGCCGCCCCAUCGCCUUCUCUUGCAGUUGGCCAGCCUACGAAGGGGGCCUCCCCCCCAAGGUGAACUACAGUCUGCUGGCAAACACCUGCAACCUCUGGCGCAACUAUAACGACAUCCAGGACUCCUGGAGGAGUGUGCUCUCCAUCCUGGACUGGUUUGUGAAACACCAGGACAUUCUGCAGCCAGUGGCAGGCCCUGGACACUGGAAUGACCCAGACAUGCUGCUCAUUGGGAACUUUGGCCUCAGCUUCGAGCAGGCCCGGGCCCAGAUGGCCCUGUGGACGGUGCUGGCGGCCCCCCUCUUCAUGUCCACAGACCUGCGUACCAUCUCCGCUCAGAACAUGGACAUUCUGCAGAAUCCACUCAUGAUCAAAAUCAACCAGGAUCCCUUAGGCAUCCAGGGACGCAGGAUUCUCAAGGAGAAAUCCCACAUUGAAGUGUUCAUGCGGCCUCUAGCCAACGAGGCCAGUGCCUUAGUCUUCUUCAGCCGCAGGACGGACAUGCCUUAUCACUACCACUCCUCCCUCGCCCGGCUGAACUUCACCAGCGCCAACACGUAUGAGGCCCAGAAUGUCUACACGGGUGAUGUCAUCAGUGGCCUCCAGGACACAACCAACUUCACAGUGAUCAUCAACCCUUCGGGGGUGGUGAUGUGGUACCUGUAUCCUGUCAGGAAGCUUGGGAUGCCCCAGCCAUGAGGAGCUGGCACAUAUGAUAGGCUGUGGCAGCACCACUGAGCCCAGACCAUGGUGGUUCCACGUGCUGAGGGCCAGGAGGUGGGGUUCUCUGCUACCCAGGCCUGCUCGGUGACCUGACCCCAUCAGACCCAAAGUGCAAUCCCAGGGCUAGGUUCUGUGCCCUGCCCGUGCAUGAACUCUCUUGGAAACUUGUCUUGGGUAAGUUUCCUGUAGGCUUUCUGACUCUCUACCUCACCCCAGAUGCACAGCCCCAAAUGUUGCUGAACAACUCAGCCAGCCUCCUGAGCCCCCACAGGCAGGGGCAUUAAUACCCAUCAGGACUCUAGCCUCUGACCUUCUUUUUGUUGACUUUGGAAUCAGGAUUGGGAAUUUUUCUUAUAAUUAGGCGAGGAGCUCUGACCUUUUGUCAGGAACUCCUAUGAACUGUGUGAUUGACUUUCCUGCCCGGAGAAGGCCUUGCAGGCUGACACUGUCUGGGCGCGACGUUGGUUUCCUUGGGUCACCAAUAAAGCUGUUCUUUGGUCUAGUAGUUGUAAUAUGGAUCUGGGGCCAUGGGCAUCUUCAGGUAGGGACUCUGGGUGGCACUACAUAAGGUGCUGGUUUCAGAUUUCGCCUCACAUGGAAGAUGACUGACAUCUUCUGGCCCCUUAUUCCACAGUGACCUACAGAUUGUAUGUCUAGCCAUGCCAGACUUGCCUCACACCACAGUCAUCUCUCUCUGCUCAGCACAGUGGUGGUGGUGAUGACACAGUGAGUCAAAGCAGUGAUGUUCCCAGGCCCUCUUCCCCACUUUCAGAUGUUACAGGGUCUGUCAGCCACUAACCCCACUUACCAGCCCCUCUGCUUUACAGCGAAAGGCCCUCAUCUACUAAGGAACUUUGUCUUACUGUCUUUGGCACCUUUCAGCUCAUCUCCGCAUUUCCGUUGAGUGGCACUCAGGGUUGGGUGCAGGUGAGGGCAGUCAACUCUGCCUUUCUCCUACAGGGCCUGUACAACUUGUCCUCUGCCCACCAGGGCCCCCCAGGUCCCCCAGUUUCUCUUCUCCUAACCUGGCUGUAGAGGAGAUUCAAAUCGCUCAGCUGUGUCCAAAGAAAGGUCUAGGGGCUCUUUGUGUUUUUAAAUAUAUUUCCUGCUCCUUCUCCUAGGGAAAGGGGUAUCAAAGUAAAACGAUGGCAGGUUCUUGACUGCCUUCCUUUGGUUCCUAUUGUCCAAGUCCUCUAAGGCCUCAGGGCCCCUGUCUUCCCUGGUGGCUCUCAUUCCUCUUUGGAAAGCUGGCAGCAGAGCAGGACAGGUAGGUUCUCCUUGUGCUUUGAAUGUGGGAGCACCCAGUGCUCCAGGCCUCGCACCAUCCUGCCCUGUGGGAACUCUUCUGGGUGGAUCUCCCAUGUUCCCCCCUUUGGGAUUUGAGGUCCUUAAAUAUUUAGAGUAUAGUAUAAAGAACUCACAAGUGCACCUUUCAUUGAAGGUUACUGGAGCUUCACUGAUUGAGUCUAGGGUUAUCAGAGAAUGCUCCCUUUCCCCGGUUGAUUUUUUUUCGGUGGGGGGAGGUAAUUCGGUUUAUUUAUUUAUUUCUAGAAGAGGUACUAGGGAUUGAACCCAGGACCUCGUGCAUGCUAAACAUGUGCUCUACCCUUGAGCUAUACCCUCCCCCUCCCAGUUGAUCUCUUGAGCCUGGGGGUCACUCAGGAGGACAGAAUCCUACCUCAUCCCAAGCCUCUGCCCCUUGAGGCCUGUCACCCUGUACACAGCUCCAGCUUUGGGUCUUGGUCAUAGUGCUGUUCAAGCCCAAUGGAAUGGUCUUAGGUGGGAACACUUCUUUUGCCAGCCCCAGGAAAGAAAUCUCCACCACCCUGGGAUAUGCUGGAGUACAGUGGUUGAGACCAAUAGACUUAGGAGUUGGGGCCAAGGACCAGCUUGGAUUUGACCAGUCAAUUCCUUUCCUUUCCAGACCCAGAGAUAGUUACAUGUUUUUACUUACUGUAUAACUUGUCCUUCUAUUCUGAGGGUACCUGAUUUAUUCUCUUUAACCUUUAUUCUCCUAACACACACCCUACCUAUCUUCCAAGACAUUGUUUUACUCCCUAUUGCCCAAGGUCAGUUAGGGACUCAGUUAUUUUUUCCCCCCGUUUAAGGCAGCCUUGUUUGGACCCAAGGGUACACUUUCCCUUUUAAAAAACUUUUAUCGUAGAAAUUUUCAAAUACAAAAAUAAAAUGGUGAGUGAACCUCCAUGUACCCAUCACCCAGCUCUAACAACCAUCAACAUGUGCAAGUAUUUGAAAGCAAAUAAAAGACAAGUCUAAACACCACUGUGUAGCUCUAACAGAUAAGGUCUUUAAAAGUAUGUAUGACCUUAGUACAAUUUUCCUAUCCAACAAAAUAAAAAUUUUAAUCUUA